AUGCUACUUAUUGAUAUCUUCAGUGCUCGUGUUCGAUCAAUUCAACCAGAUGGAAAGCCUUUUGCGAAUCGCGUCUGUGAAGAACAACCGAAAACCGGAGCUGUGGCACGACUUCGUCGCCGCUUGAUUCGAUUCCUCCAACACCCGGAUGCAGUCUACUCGUCAAACAAAUUGCUUGCCAAAUUUCCUUAUGAUGCUUUAUUUGAAGAACGUGCAUUGCUGUUGGCCAAUUUGAAAAACCACGAACAAGCUCUAACCCUGUGGGUGCAUGUCUUAAACGAUUGGGAUCAAGCUGUAUCGCAUUGUGUUUCUGUGUACGAAUGCACAAUGAAAACCGCUAACAGGAAGAACACCCAACCGUCGAAUCCUACCAACGCUCUGGAAGUGUAUUCCGGAACCACAGCGGUUCCCGCUCAAAAUUUACUACCUGCCUCAUCUCUAACACCGCUUGUUUCUCGCUCACCCGCUCGUGAUUCGAUUGAUGAUUAUGCUCAGGACUUUUCACGACCCGUGGGAACUGCGGAUUCAAUUGCGAGCGUAGAACGGGAUAUAUUCUUCCUGUUGGUGCUCAUCUGUAUGCAACCCCCUGAUCCAGCCAGUCUUGGAAUUCUCUUACCGGAAAUCGUGGAGUCAAGCGCCGAAAUAAGUGGUCAGAGUGGUGCGCCUGUGGGAUUCCAUCCGAAACCUGCGAGAGCCCUUGAAGUUUUGAGACGUUUUGGCGAUCGAGUGGAUGCAUCCAAAGUAGUGCGAAUAUUACCCUCAACGCGGCUGUCCGAUAUAGCUCACUACCUCAAGGUUAGUACCUGUGUAUGUACAUUGAAGUGUAUUCGUUUAAUAUACUGUUAUCUUUUAUCAGAUGCAAUUUUUAACUAUAAAAUAACGCAAUAUUCUGUUACUUCCGGUUAA